AUGGCCGCCUUCACUGAAAGGAUGGCACCUACCCUUGUGCUCUGGCUUGUUGUUUGUCUCAGCGGGACACUGGCUGUGGACAGAGCCAACUUUAAAACCUGUGACCAGAGUGCCUUCUGCAAACGUCAGCGUGCAUUGACUCCUGGCGAGUCUCCAUAUCGAGCCCUCCUGGAGACUAUGGAGCUGACCAGCACAAGACUCACUUUGCAGCUCAAGAAUGACAAGAACAAGGUGCGUCUUCUGCUGGAGCUUUAUCGUCUUCAAGGAAACAUAACGAGGGUGAAGAUUAAUGAGCUGAAGCCGUUGAAGCCUCGAUAUGAGGUCCCAGACGUGCUCAUCCAAGAGCCCCCUACAGAGCCCCUGUCUCUCUUGUCUCAGGAUGAGAACGGAGUGGUUCUGUCUCUGGGUGCAGAGUCUCAGAGGGUGAUUGUCAGUGCGCGGCCCUUUCGAUUGGACAUUAUGGAGGGGCGAGAUGUGUUGCUGUCGCUAAACUCGCGGGGCCUCUUGGCGUUUGAGCACUUAAGGCUACGCAAGGACACUUUCUCCUAUUUAAUAACUAGCAAAUUUGCUAGUGUGUGGAAUAAUGUCAAGGGUGUAUUCUCUAGACAGGCAGACCAAGAAGCUGAGGACUCAGAUCCGGAAAAUGAGGCUAUAUUGGAAGAGAAAGAUGAAGACGGGAUGUGGGAUGAAAUGUUUAAAUCAUUCUCAGACAGCAAGCCAAAUGGCCCAACUUCCGUCGGGCUGGACUUUUCAUUGCCUGGGGUUGAGCAUGUCUAUGGCAUCCCGGAACACGCAGACUCUCUCCGGCUUAAAACUACAGAGAAUGGGGAUCCAUAUCGUCUGUAUAAUCUGGAUGUGUUCCAAUAUGAGCUGCAUAACCCUAUGGCACUUUAUGGGUCUGUACCUGUCAUGUUGGCCCACAAUGCUCAACGGACAAUAGGAAUGUUUUGGCUCAAUGCUGCUGAAACGUGGGUAGACAUUAGCUCCAACACUGCAGGGAAGACUGUGUUUGGAAAAAUGCUGGAUUACGUGCAGGGCUCCAGUGAGACACCACAGACAGAUGUGCGUUGGUUCUCAGAAAGUGGCAUAAUUGAUGUUUUCAUUAUGCUUGGCCCCACACCAAAAGAUGUCUUUUCACAGUAUGCCUCCCUGACAGGCACCCAGGCCUUCCCUCCUCUGGCCGCAGUGGCCUACCACCAGUGCCGCUGGAACUACAAUGAUCAAGAAGACAUUAAGACUGUGGAUGCAGGCUUUGAUGAGCAUGAUAUUCCCUAUGAUUUCAUCUGGCUUGAUAUUGAGCACACAGAUGGAAAACGCUAUUUUACCUGGGAUUCGAGCAAAUUUCCCACACCCAAGGAAAUGCUUCAGGGACUCAUGGAUAAGAAGCGCAAGAUGGUAACCAUUGUAGACCCUCAUAUAAAAGUGGACAGCAGCUACAAGAUCCAUAAUGAAAUCAAGUCGCAAGGCUUCUACACAAAGACUAAAGAUGGCAGCGAUUAUGAGGGCUGGUGUUGGCCAGGCAGUGCCGGCUAUCCAGACUUCAGCCGUGCAGACAUGAGAGCUUGGUGGGCCAGUAUGUUUGCCUUCGACCAGUAUGAGGGAACGAUGGAGAACUUGUACACAUGGAAUGACAUGAACGAACCUUCAGUGUUCAACGGGCCCGAGAUCACCAUGCACAAGGACUCAAAGCAUGGAGACUGGGAGCACCGUGACUUGCACAACCUUUAUGCCUUUUAUGUGCAAAUGGCCACAGCAGAGGGCCUGGUUCAGAGAUCAGGUGGGGUUGAAAGACCUUUUGUCUUGACUAGGGGCUUCUUUGCUGGAUCACAGCGCUAUGGCGCUGUGUGGACUGGUGAUAAUGCUGCUGAAUGGGGCCACCUUAAAAUUUCUAUUCCCAUGUGUUUGAGUAUGGGCCUAGUUGGAAUAGCUUUUUGUGGUGCUGAUGUUGGGGGCUUCUUCAAGUCUCCUAGCCCAGAGCUGCUGGUGCGUUGGUACCAGACAGGAGCCUACCAGCCCUUCUUUAGAGCCCACGCCCACUUGGACACGCCUCGUCGGGAGCCAUGGCUCUUUGGUCCGGAAAACACCGCUUUGAUCCGAGAAGCUGUGCGCCAACGCUAUAGCCUCCUGCCCUAUUGGUACCAGCAGUUCUACCACACAUAUCGCACUGGAAACCCUGUCAUGAGACCACUAUGGGUGGAAUACCCUCAAGAUCCAGCUACAUUCGCUCUGGAGGAUGAGUUCUUGAUUGGUAGAGACUUGUUGGUGCAUCCAGUCACUGAGGAGGGAGCCACUGGUGUAACUGCAUACCUGCCAGGAAAAGAUGAGUUGUGGUUUGAUGUCCACACAUUCCAAAAGCACGAUGGUGGCCAGAACCUUUACAUUCCAGUCACUAUGAGCUCUAUCCCAGUUUUCCAGCGUGGUGGCUCCAUUAUUCCCAGAAAACUUCGAGUCCGCAGAUCUUCCAGCUGUAUGGAACAAGACCCCUACACAUUGUACGUUGCCCUUAGUCGUCAGAGAACUGCAGAAGGAGAACUCUACAUCGAUGAUGGGCACACUUUCAACUUUGAGAAUAAGGAGUUCAUUCACAGAAGGCUUUCUUUUGCCAAUAACCAACUCUCCUCUGUGAACCUUUCCCCUGAGGCCCACUUCUUAACUCACUCCACCAUUGAACGCAUUGUCAUACUGGGAGUUAGUAAGCCCAGAAAGGCUACCCUGAGGACCGCGGAUGGUCAGACAAGCCAGCUUGAGUUUGACUUCGAUGCCGCCACGUCAGUCUUGACGCUCCGCAAGCCUGGCAUGAAUGCGGGCACUGACUGGACUGUAAUGUUACAGUAA